AAAAAUAAAAUUUAGUUUAUGUCUAUACAUCCAUGCCACUAUAGCCGCGCCAUCCCGCCACGAAAUCUACAAAUUUUGUGAGGUGAAAUAGUUUAAAUUCAUGAGCAAUAGUCCACUAAGACUCGAGUAAAACUAUUUAUCAUAACCAUUAUUUGUAGACGGCACAACAAGGAUUACUAUCUGCGGCUGAAACAUGGCAUCGAGUGAAGGACAGACUGCCAAGUCAAACUUGCAUCAGCAAGACUUAACCAAACUUGAUAUCACAAAAUUGUCAGCUCUGUCUCCUGAAGUGAUCUCCAGACAAGCAACAAUUAAUAUCGGUACCAUUGGUCAUGUAGCUCACGGAAAGUCAACAGUUGUGAAAGCAAUCUCAGGAGUGCAGACCGUCAGAUUCAAGAAUGAACUGGAAAGGAAUAUUACUAUCAAAUUAGAGCGCCUGUCGGACUCAGUGUUGAGGUUGUUUCGUGAAAGAGCUGACGAGAAAGAUGAGAAUAUGUUUGCGGAAAAGUUGAGAAAAUCGAGAAAAAGAAACCAUUCACUAGACCCCGGGGAAGAAGAUAUGCCUGUAGCCAAGAAACAGAAGAAAGGCAAGGUGAAGCAGAAAGAAGAUGACUACAUCAUAGAAAAAAUUGUUGACAUAAAAUUUGAAAACGGCAAAGAAUAUUUUUAUAUAAAAUGGAAAGGUUUUGAUGAUGAUGACAACACAUGGGAACCACUGGCACAUCUUGACAACUGUCCGGAACUUCUGCAUGAAUUUCUUACUGAUAAUGAAUUAACAUACUGUGAAAGUAUUGAUAAACUAAAAAAUGAAAUUUCAUUUGGAGAUUUGCUCAGUGAAGAUAACUUAAUAGCUAGAAUAGAUGAAGUAGAUGAGACUGACUUAUACAAACUAAAGGAGGCAUUAACAAUUAAGUUACUCACCAUGAUAAUUUUACCUGCAGAAGAGGAACAAUUUGCCGCAGAACUUGUUCUAGAUACUAGAAAUAUAUAUCAACUCUAUGUGUUGUGUAGAAAGAAAUGCCGACAGAUGAUGUCCUUAAAACAAUGGGAAGAACACAUAAAUCAAGUUGAUAAAUCAAAGAAACUUACUAUAGAAAAUGAGGUUGAUUUGGCUGGUCCACCAGAAAACUUCACAUACAUAAAUCAGUCUAUUCCUGGUGCGGGUGUGACCAUUCCAGAUGACCCUCCAAUAGGGUGUGAAUGCACUGCCUGCAACUGCCGCUCUAAGUCCUGCUGCGGAAUGCAGGCGGGCCUGUUUGCGUACACCGUCAACAAGAGAUUACGCGUCGCAUCUGGGACGCCAAUUUACGAGUGCAACAAAGCCUGCAAAUGUUCAGCAGAUUGCAACAACAGAGUUGUCCAAGGAGGAAGAAAUAUCAAGCUAUGUAUCUACAGAACGGCCAAUGGGUGUGGGUGGGGUGUCAGAACAGAACAGAACAUAAAACAGGGACAAUUCAUCUGUCAAUAUGUAGGAGAAGUAAUUACUUUUGAAGAGGCUGAGAAACGCGGGAGGGAAUAUGAUGCUAAUGGCUUAACAUAUCUGUUUGACCUGGAUUUUAACUCUGUGGAAAAUCCUUAUGUAGUUGAUGCAGCGCAUCUCGGCAAUAUAUCACAUUUUAUAAACCACUCCUGUGACCCUAACCUGGGAGUCUGGGCCGUGUGGGCCGAUUGUCUUGAUCCUAAUCUUCCAAUGCUGGCAUUGUUUGCGACGCGGGAUAUUGAUGCUGGAGAGGAAAUAUGUUUUGAUUAUUUGCAGAAAGCAAAUGAUAAUGAUGAAGAACCUGGCAGCCAUGCGCCUCGGAGACCCGUGGUAGAGGCAGAUGACGCAAGUAUUCCAAACGGUGAUGAAGCAACCACCGCAGACGCCCCUGCCUCUCCUGUUAAAUCCAGAUUUGAAAUUCAACAGCAAAAUAUGAGCAUGAUAAGAAACAGAACUGAAUGCAAAUGUGGGACCAUGAAAUGUAGAAAAUACUUAUUUUAAAUU